CUCAUCGGGAUCAAGGUGUAACAAACUUUAUGAAAUGUAUUUCAACCAUUAUUUGUUAAAAAUUGCAAUUACAUUUUGUAAAUAAUUAAAUAAACGAAUCCUUGUAUGGCAUCAUUAAUUAAUGCAAUUAUUAGUUAGAAAAGAUCAUAACUUGAAAGUACCUAAAAUAGAGUUAUAAAAAUUGUUAUCAAGAUUGUCAAAGAUGUGAACGAAUUCAGACGGAAUGUUAAAUGAAUUCUUACAUAAAUUGUUCAUUACAGAUAUCACCAAGGAACUCAUUCAUCCACCGUGUGUUAACUAAAAGUAAGUCAUAAAGAAAUACUGGACUGGGAGAGAAACUUACCGGAACAAACAGAUGAUUACAAAAUAGUUAAAAAAAUAAUUUGAUUAUUGAUUUGCAAUGUUCAAUUUAUAAUGUUUAUCAAUAGGAGACGCAAUGAUAUUCAGAUUUCUUAACUUUACAGCAAGUUUAUAACUCUUACACCAUUAUGUUAAAUUAGUUCAUUAUAAAAGACUGUAAGACUUAUAUUCACUAUAAAACGAUUUUGUAUGUAUAUUUCCAUUUAUAUAUCUCUGAAGCUGCCUCUGUCUAAAAUUAUUUUAAUCUAUCUAUGUCGAAAUCAGUAUAUACUAUUAAAUAUUUUUUUUUCUUCAAUCUUUUAUUAAGUUACGUCUAAAUUGUAAUGAUCGUAACUUAGGUCGAUGGAAAUGAGCGCAACUAUAACCGCAUCUUAUCUAAAGUCAAGGGUUUAUCUUGUUUAUUUGAUAAUUGUAAGAAAUGGAGCAAGUCAUGCAAAAAAAUGUCUGCCCUUGAUUUCGUCUUGACAUAUUAUGUGAUCGAGACUUAGUUCAACAAAUACGCUAAGUUCUAUAACCCUCCAGUCAUGUUUCUUCCCCUUGAAAAUCGUGUUAAACUCAUGGGAACGACGUAUGAAGUGCCAAGGGCAGACAAUCACCGAAUGUCCCAUUCAGACCUAACAUGUCGCGCGUUAUUUAUAAAAUACAGAUUAGCAUAAAUAUGUGAUUAGCGCGUUGCGUCUGAACAUGGAUCUCCUUACGACCAAGCCACCUUCAGCUACGCCGCGUUCACGUGUAUCGGUACGCGGAGACUCGGAUGAAUGACCGUCGCCCAUCAGAUCAUUUGUAACGGGAUCAAUGAUAAUGGGAUCAAUGCUUACGGGGGGUCUGUUACCCUGUUUAUCCACAGUGGGGAUCUCACACAUUUUGUUAAUCAACAGCGGGGAUCCCGCACACUAUAGGCCGCGGUUUAUUUUUCCCAGUGACCUAAGAAAACGGUUCUGUUGGGAUUUGAUUCUAUCAUUGUCGAGAAAUUUUGUUGCAGGUCGCCAACAUGAGUUCAGUGACUGACCUGACCAGUGUGUAUUCAUGCGUUGGCCUGAUGGGCAUUCGAUGUCUAAAAUAAGAUAACGGAUAAACCCUAAGAAAAUGUUGAAGCAACAGAAACCAUAUAAUACAAACAAAUAUUUAUGUCCAUUCUUUUUUUUCCAUUCUGUUCAACAUCUAGGGUAAAGUCUUACCUUCCUAAUGUUUACAUCUAAUAUAACACUAAAUUUUCUUCAUAAAUAUAUAACCUAAAGAUGACGUUUGAUGACGCUUAGAAGAUAUUGAUGGUAGUUUUAAGCAAGUUAAAAGUUAUUGAUGGUAUUUUUAAGCAAAGUUAAAAGUUAUUAAUGGUAUUUUUAAGCAAGUUAAAAGUUAUUGAUUGUAUUUUUAAGCAAAGUUAAAGUUAUUAAUGUUAUUUUUAAGCAAGUUAAAAGUUAUUGAUGGCAGUUUAAAAAAUGUACUUAAUAAAUGCUAAUUAUUGAGUGUUCUAAAAUUGGGGAUUGUGUAUAAUGGAUGUUGUACAAGAUAUAUAAUAUAGUAAUUGUUGUUCGUCGGUGUUCCAUAGGAUUUGAUUGCUCGAGGAUGCAUGAGAGAUGAAUUAAUGGACUUCUUGUAGUUAGUUUGUCAUUAAGACUUCAGAAUGUUGUUUGAAUGAUGUUAUAUAGUGGCUAUUUUUAUGUGGAAUGUUGUAUAAGAAUAUAAUGGUGUAGUUUUAUAGCAGAUUUUGUGCAUAAUCGAGACACCUGUGCAGUUUGUAAAAAAAAAAUAAAAAAAAUAUAGACUGCAAGUUUUCAACUCGACUAACAUGAUGAUUGCAAAUAAGAACGAAGAUAGCAACCGUUAAACUAUUUGAACUUUUGACUAUAGUCACCAGGAGUAAAUUUUAUUACAAAUAUCUGAUGAGAGACUUUAUAUUUAAAUCUUGGUUACACUGACGACCUCUUCUUAUCUUCUCACUCCCAUCAUUCAAGUGCCUUUGGAUAAAUACAUCCAACAAAUACAAAAGACCAAGCUGUGGGCACACAGACGCAACAGCACGGCCCAGAAGCAACUCAUGGGGCGACUCAAACACUUGGAACAAGAUUACGAAAGUAACUGCAGACAAUAUCUUAGAAACAAGAUCAGGUACAAUAAUAUAUGUUGUUAUUGGAUAGUGUGUAUCUAUGUUUACGUAUAUAUUGACAUAUUUUUGCUUAUGUUUAACUUUGUUUGCUUACGUUUGUUCAUAUGCGUGUGAACGUACACAAGUUGAGUUAAACCAUUUUCUGUUUACUAGCAAAAUGUUUGACAUGAGCUAGAACACUAAAAACAGUUAUACGGAAACAAAUGAUGUUGAUGCAAAAGAAAGCUUAUAAUUCUAACAUAAAUUAUCUAUGUGUGUAGUCCAAAUAAAUGAAGCUUUGAAAAAAAUGGAUAAUGACGUAGAUUGAAUAUUCAGGAUGAAAAGAUUUAGAUUUUUUUGUUUUUACAGAAUCCAAUCAGAGCUGAGGGACUUAGAGGCACUACCCAGUUGUGAUGAUAAGGAUGAGGUUGCCAGGAAAACGGAGCGAGUCAACGGUAGGAAUGGGAUGCCUCUCAUUUCCUCUAACAUGUCCCCGCGCAACAGAGCCACUUCUGAGAGAAACGAACAAUCCAACGGGAGUUACCGAAAUAGCGUUACAGGCACCCCGGCGACUGUGUCAUCACAUACACCAACAUCCUUUUCAACAAGCACACCAACAUCCUUUUCAACUCGGACUCCGUCAAGAAACACGUCAUCAAAGCUGUCAGUGGCCAGAUGUAUCUCCGUUGUGAGUGCUGUCGACGCCACGGAUGGACACGUUGAAGUGAACGACCAAAAUAUCAGCACUGCGUCUGCCGACAGCUCGUCAGCUUCAUUCAGAGACAGCGUGCCGAGAGGAACAUGGAGCGGUUCCACAAAGUCCAGCCCAAGGAUGGCACGAUUCUCUUCCCUACGUUCCGAAACAGGAAAGCCAAAAACGUCAGACAUUUCAAUGGAUUCCAUCACAAGACCUAAUCUAAUGAGUAAAUCCACUGAGAGUUUAUGUAAAUACAUUGAAACCAGAUCUGCGCCACACGAUUGCAAUUAUUUCCCGUGUAAAGUGCCAGAAACGUAUCACACACUAGGUUACAGGCGUGAAGAUCUAUGCACCUGGAUUAACGACUCUUUAAGGUCACGCUCCGAGGUCACGUACUCACCGUGUCCGGUUGAUGAACCUGUACAUCAACGAAUAUUGACCAACGGAAAAUCAGUUUACUUCGAAACCUGUUCAAAUUCUCGUGACACUUUAUGCAAUUCUGAACAGGCUCCUACAUUACGGAGCACUGUUUAUCCAAAGUGGUGUAAAAAUAAAUCCUUAAAAGUUUUUAAAUUCCAAGAACCCGAAGGUCCACUAUUUACUGCAAAACCACGUGACCCAAUUUUAGACCAAAUUCGAAGUGGCGCCACCAAGCCCUUGGACGAGCCUCGUUGUACUACUCGCACUACAGUACGAGCCAAGAUUCGAGGGCUUAAACAGCUGGUCACUGAAAUGAGGGCUAGGAACGAGCGUACGAGACCUGUCGACUGGGCAAUCAACUAUGGCGCUAAAAUGCCAACAAGAUUAUUGCUAAAUCCCGUGUUUCCUGUCGGCAGUGGAUGACUUGUCGACGAUAUUGUAGAACUUUUAUUUCUCAUCCGACAGUGGCAAACUCUCGACACCACGUGUUCGCCUUGAGACCUACGGAAAGCGCACUUUGGCAUUUGCUGGUCCAACAAUUUGGAACACCCUUCCUGUCGAUCUCAGAAACAAUCAGACACUGGAGUCUUUUAAAACCGAUUUAAAGACACAUCUAUUUCGCAAACACUUUCUGGGAUGAUUG